GCUAAGUUUUGUGUUCUUCGUCAAAUAGUUCAGUGUAAUUCUGAAGGAUUCAUUCAUAAUCUUUGGAUGAAAUAUUAUGUGGAAAAUAAAAGACAUUAUUCUAUUUCCGAUUUUCGGAGUUCAUCUUAUUAUCAGUGGAUUGAGAAAUGAUCACUUUUCUACAGUGUGUCACCAUGGUAUGAUAAAUCACUCCGAAGUUGUAACUCAUGUGGCGUCUUCGAAUAUGCAAAAGCUUAUUCGUCGUAAUUCACAAACGGAAUUAAGAAUUCAUACCCAUUAUGAUAGAUCAAUUAAAUUUCUUAAAAAUUUUCAGGAUAUUAAAAGAGAUGUAAUUGAAGUAGCAAUUGGGUUUUGGGAGGACGCUCUGCUGUUACGUCACUCUCAUUCCAUGUCCAGUAGAUUAACACUUGACAGAGUUUGUGUUGAUGGUGCCACAAAGUUGGUGACUUUUGAUAAUCAGCUCUUGACAUUUUGUAUCAAUGGUUGUGUGGAAUGGACAAAAUGUGGACCUAUAAACAUUCCAGUGUCACAUUUAAAUCAGUGCAGGUUUAUCUAUAAUGGGACCUCAAUGAUUUCAGGUCACAAGGGCGAAGGUAUAUACCGUGCCAACUUCAUACUCUAUAUUUCAUCGCUUAGAACACACAGAUGUAAUACUGCUAAAGUCCUAGGUUAUGCCGCACACUGUCAGCUAGAGGCUAAUACUGAUCGCCCUAUUGCUGGCUACAUCAAUUUCUGUCCUGAUACAUUAAGUAAUGAAUAUAGCGAUAAAAUGCGUUCACUGUUUGUUGCUACGCAUGAAAUAUUACAUUCACUAGGAUUCUCUACAAGUUUGUUUGCAUUCUACAGAGAUAAACAAAAUCGACCAUUAACACCACGUGAUCCAAUAACAUUUAAACCUGCACUAGGCUGGUAUUCAGGAAAGAACGGUCAAGUAUACCAAUGGAGUGACAAUGUGGUUCGAACAGUUAAUCGUACUUGGUUAAGUGCUUUUGGAACUUUUCAAAAAUUGGCGCACAUUGUGGUUUUACCAACUGUUGUACGUAUUGCCAGAUCAUUCUACGACUGUCCAAAUCUUGAUGGUGUCGAGUUAGAAGAUGAGGAUGCUGCAGGAGUGUAUCUAACACACUGGGAGAAGCGCCUUUUAGAGAAUGAUUUGAUGACGGCAACAUACACAAAUUCUUUUCAAAUUUCACCGAUUACUCUGGCAAUGAUGGAGGAUACCGGAUGGUACAUCUCAAACUAUGCAUUAUCUCAGUCUUUCAGUUGGGGUAGAGGUAGAGGAUGUACCUUUGCUACUGGCAGUUGUUUAGAAUACAUGCUAGAACAAAGUCGUGGUGGUCAUUCAAUUGCACCCUUUUGUCAACAGUUAACUUCAAGCUUUCACAAUAAAAAUAAUGGAUUACAGGUUAGCUGUACACCUGGUGAAGAAAGUUAUGGAUUUUGUAAUCUAAUUGAAUAUUCCAAACCAUUGCCUGCUGAAUAUGUAUAUUUCGUUAAUACAAAUUUCUCGACUUUUAUAUUGAAUUCUGAAAUCAAUCUAGGUACUGGAAACUUAACUAAUCAGUAUCCUUUGGUUAAAUUAGGAGGAAAAAUAGCUUUGGCUAAUUACUGUCCAUAUCAUCAGGAAAUUGAAUGGGAAGAUGAUGUAGGAAAAUCAAUUGCUAAUACUCAUUGUCAUGCAUCAACUAAUUUGAAAGAUCCACAUCACAACUUUAAACUUGAACGAUUUGGUAUGGAUUCUGUUUGUGUAGAGCAUAGUCCCAAUUGGCAUUUAAUAAAUGGAGACUCAUUAUUUGUUCCACCAGUGGAAGGAGCUGGAUGUUACACAGUAUGAUUUGAACAACUUUUUCAAUGAUGAUAUCUAGCAUGCCUAAUCUUCUGAACAUUGUAGAACAGCAGAAGACUUCGUUUUCAGCUGUACCCUCAUUUAUUCAGUAUACUAAAUCACUUUGUAACUAUUCUUUAUUGAAGUGAAAUGCAUUCGUGCACAUUUAUUUGUUUCAUAUAUCUUACUGUAAUAUUAUGAUAGUCACUUUCUUAUUUCAUCUAAUGCGUCACACUGGUGAAGAUUACGUCUAAAAUACUGAAAAUGUCAUACAUCGUUUAUAAUCUACGAGUUUUCUAGCUAUUUAUAAUGAUACGAUUUUCAUAUUCUAUAAAGUAUUCAUGUGAAGCCUAAUAAUUAUUCUCUACCAAAAUUGUUGCUUGCUAUUAGGAAUGUAUCAUAAAUAUACGUAUUUAUGUCUUCUUCAAAGUCUAUCGUAAACAUAAUUCAUUUAAACCGUUCACAAAGUUAGUAUGAAAAUGGAACAGUGAAAUCCUUCUGAGAUCACUCCAUACUAAUUCUUUCUUAUUUGGUCACUUCGAUCUUAUUUAUAAACUUUCAUAAUUCUUAUUUAACUUACUUUUUGUCCAUCGUAUUUUAUAUUGAAUUGUACUCUUAUUUAGAUAGUAUUUUUGAUUAAUUUUCUUAUUUCUGAGAGCAAGGACAACCUUUUUAUCGUAUUUAUGGUUUAUAAGAUUUCAUUUCUCUUCAGUUUUUAUUUACGUUUUUAGACAAUUUUUUGGAUUUUAGUACAAACUAAUGACAGUUGAGGAUUUAUACAGUAAACUUUCCCACUCUAUUCUAGGACUGUUAAGCACCCAUAAUAAUCGCAUAGAAGUUAAUUAUUGUCAGUUUAUCGAUAAGCUGAAGACCAUUAGACGUAUGGGUUAGUAAAUGUAAAAGAGAAGUUGUAUGUAUUUGGUUAGUAGAUUUUUAAAAUUUGUAAGUUUGAAAAAGUUAUUACCAUAGUCAUUCUUUCAAACAUAUUUUUAUAGUUUAAGAAUACUUGUUGCCUUCAUGAACACUUUUAAAACCAGAGUUCCCUAUUAUCUUUCUUACAAACGUUAUCAUUAGAUAUUUGUAUAAUUUUUUUUUCGGAAAAUUUCAGUUCCGAUGUUCAAUGACCGAAGGUGGUUUGGUUUUAGAACUUGCUGGAGGUAUGUCGAUUCCUUGUAAAGUGCCAGGAGAACUCAGCGAAAUUAACGCUUGUUUAACAAAACAAAGUCUUACUGUGAAAGGAAAACUUGUAUGUCCUGAUUGCAGAUUACUAUGUCCAGUAAGUAAGGACUAAGGUCUUCUAAAUUUAUUUAUUCCACCUGGUCAUCUUGUUAGAUGUUUUUAGAAAUACGCUUAUUGAUAAUCGCGUUGGUUAUAUAUAUAUAUAUAUAUAUAUAUAUAUAUAUAUAUAUAUAUAUAUAUAUAUACUUCUGUGGUGUGUUCUAGUGAUGUUGACAGAUACAAGUAGUAUGUAUCAUCAAUCGAAUGUGCAAUGUCUGGCCGUAGAAGGUUAAGAAGAGCAAAAAAUGAUCGGUGUGGAAAUGAAAGAACAAUGAAUUCUGGGACGAGUGAUUGACAUUUUGCAGAAAGAUCAGUCAAGUUUGAGGCAAUGGAUUGGCAUUUUGCAAAUGGAGUAUUUACUGUGUGGUUCUGUAAUUUUAUGUCCAAACACAUUCGAUUUUCCACAUUUGUGUUCUUGUUUACUACACUUCUCCAGUAGCCGAAUUUUCUUAAAGCCAUGUUCUACAAGAGUGGAAGUGAAAUGCAUAUUUAAGUUGACAUGCUAGAUGUGAUUGAUUCUCUGUGUCAGAAUUUAUACGCAAUAUGAUCAAGCUUAUGCAGCUUAACACCACUAAAGUAAUUUUCUUUAGUUAGAAAAAUUUCCUCUACUAUCUUACUGUGCUCAAUAUUAAGAUUUUCUUUUAUCAUUAUGUAUGUAUAUGAGAAAGUGAAGAUAAUUUUUCUCACUGUAUUUGAAUUUUUUUUCUUUAAAAUAAAUAUUUUAGUUAUCGGAGUGUCCAAAAAUUUAUUCCAUUUCACAAAACAAUGUAACAUAUCUCAAAUCAAAUUACUCCAACGAUCAUUCGUCUUCGUUUUUGUAUGAAACCAAUAUGUUUAUACCUAAAUCACAUACUAUACAGUAUUCUCAGUUAAUUGUUAAUGAAACUGAGUCUAUUAUUGAAAAUCCAUUGUAUAUUGUUAAAAAUUCUAAAAAGACUAAAGGUAUUGUAAUACAACAAGCUAUUCUACCUGGUGUAUGUUUAGUUAAUAUUGCUUACUCAUCUACAUCUUUAACUUUUUCAAUAUUCAUAUACUUUGUAGUGUUUUUUCAAUUAUUCUAUUUAUAAAAUGCCUUAUUGCUUUAUACGUGCACAAAAAUAUUUCCUAUCAGUUAGAAUUUAUACUUUAUUUCGUUAUGCUUAUAAUUUUUGCAUUUCUUUUCACAUGACAAGAUCACGAUUAAUUAUUAUUUUUUUUU